UGUGGGAGGGAACGCCAGAGCGAGGCGGUGAGCAGAGCUGGUCGCGUGAGGCGCAGCGGCUCUUCUUCAGGUGUGACUGGUAGCGGCGGCCGGCUGAGAGCAAAGGAGCUAGUGCUAUCUCCUGAGCUUGUGAGAGCGGUCACCAUGGACCGCCCGGAUGAGGGGCCUCCAGCCAAGACCCGCCGCCUCAGCGGCUCGGAGCCCCCUCAGCGCGACCCGCCGCCACCGCCGCCGCCGCCGCCUCCUCCCCCGCCACCGCCUCUCCUGCGACUGCCUCUGCCUCCACCCCAGCAGCGCCCGAGGCUCCGCGAGGAAACCGAGGCGGCACAGGUGCUGGCUGACAUGAGGAGGGUGGGACUGGGCCCCGCGCUGCCCCCACCGCCACCCUAUGUCAUUCUUGAGGAGGGGGGUAUUCGCGCGUACUUCACCCUGGGUGCUGGUGGUCCCGGCUGGGAGUCUGCGAUCGAGUCAGGGUAUGGGGAGGCGCCCCCUCCCACAGGGAGCCUGGAAGCACUCCCCCCUUCCGAAGCCUCUGGGGGGAGCCUGGAAAUUGACUUUCAGGUUGCAGAGCCCAGCAGCCUUGCAGGAGAGAAGGCCCUAGAAACCUGUAGCUCAGGGGGGUGGGGGCCCCAGGUGUUAGUCGGUCCAAAGAGGAAGGAGGAGGCUGUCAUCAUAGUGGAAGAUGAGGAUGAGGAUGAAAAGGAAAGUGUGAGGAAGAGGCGGCGGCGGAGGAGGAGGAGGAAGCAGAGGAAGGUGAAGGAAAGCAAAGAGAGAAAUGCUGAGAGGAUGGAAAGCAUCCUGCAGGCACUGGAGAGCAUUCAAAUGGACCUGGAGGCAGUGAACAUCAAGGCAGGAAAGGCCUUCCUGCGUCUCAAGCGCAAGUUCAUCCAGAUGCGAAGACCCUUCCUGGAGCGCAGAGACCUCAUCAUUCAGCACAUCCCAGGCUUCUGGGUCAAAGCAUUCCUCAACCACCCCAGAAUUUCAAUCUUGAUCAACCAACGAGAUGAAGACAUUUUCCGCUACUUGACCAAUCUUCAGGUACAGGAUCUCAGACAUAUCUCCAUGGGCUACAAAAUGAAGCUGUACUUCCAGACAAACCCUUACUUUACAAACAUGGUGAUCGUCAAGGAGUUCCAACGCAACCGCUCGGGCCGACUGGUGUCUCACUCCACCCCAAUUCGCUGGCACCGGGGUCAGGAACCCCAGGCCCACAAUCGCAGGAACCAGGACACCAGCCACAGCUUCUUCAGCUGGUUCUCAAACCACAGCCUCCCAGAGGCUGACAGAAUUGCUGAGAUUAUCAAGAAUGACCUGUGGGUUAACCCUGUACGCUACUACAUGAGAGAAGGGGGCUACAGGGCAAACAGAAAGAAGCAAGAAGAGAAGGAAAGUAAAGCCAAGGAUGAAUAUGAGAUGGUGAUCAUGGAAGACGCUAAUGACUAUUAUGCCAUGGAAGACAUUCUCAGCGAGAUCUCAGACAUUGAUGAGACCACUGACAAUGAGACUAUUCAUGACAUCAAGAUCUCUGACUUCAUGGAGACCACUGACUACUUUGAGACCACUGACAAUGAGAUAACUGACAUCAAUGAGAGCCUGUGUGACAGCGAGAUCCCUGACCACAAUGAGAAUCCUAACAAUGAGACCACUGACAACAGCGAGAGUGCUGAUGAUGAGACGACUUACAACGAGAGUACUGAUGACAAUGAGAGCCCUGACGACAAAAAUGAGAAUCCUGAAGACAAUAACAAGAACACUGAAGACAGUGAGAAUCCCAACAAGAGUGCUGAUAAUGACAACAGGAACCUGGACAGUGGCAACCGAGGCAUCAGCAACAACCAGGACAGCAGUGAUAGUGACAAUGGAGAUGAGGGCAGUGAUGAUGAAGAUAAUGAUGGCAAUGAAGGUGACAAUGAGGGUAGUGAUGAUGAUGGCAAUGAGGGUGACAAUGAGGGAAGUGAUGAUGACGACAGAGACAUUGACUACUACAGGAAUGAUGUUGAAGUCUUUGACAAGGAUCAGGAUAACAGCUCCAACCAGGAUGACUACGAGGAUGAGGUAGAGAUCAUCUCCGAAGAAUCAGUGGAGGAAGAAGAAGAGGAGGGCAGUGAGGAAGGCAGCGAGCGAGGCGAAGACAGCUAUGAGGAGGAAGGAAGCGAAAUUGACUCGGAAGAUUCUGACAUUGAGGAGGUGCUUCAAGUCCCAAAUGCUUGGGCCAACCCGGGGAAGAGGGGGAAAACCGGAUAAACAUCUUACCCUUUGGGGGGAUCUCUUCUCUGUAUCCCCCUCCCCCUGUCCCAUUUCCCACCCCCUCAGCUAGGGCCACGCGGCCCCACAUUGCACUUCUGGGGGGUGACCGACUUCGUACACGGGUUUAAAGUUUAUUUUUAUGGUUUAGUAAUUGCAGAGUUCUUAUUUUGGGAGGGGGGAAGGGGGAUUCUCCCUUUUUUGGCCCUCCUCCUCCCGCAGGCUUCUGUGUGCUGCUAAACGUAUUUAUUGUGAUGCCUUGGUCAGGGCCCCUCUAGCCCCCUUCUCCUUGUCAGUGUUGGCCCCAGCCCCUCUUCCCGUGCUGUAUGGAGUGGACACCCUGAUCCCAAAGCGGAGAGGGCCAUUGUGGCCUUCGUCGCAGCUGUGCAGUGGCCUUGAGGGCUCUGCCGCCACCCUGUUCUCCCAAGUCUCUCUCCUUCCAUCCUCUUCCUCCCUCCCCCUCACCGUGCCGCUAGCCCGCCUAGGUGUCUAUGCAAUGCCGCUUCGCCAUUGCGGUAUUCCUCCCCUGCUCCCCCAGAAGUCCCGCCUCUUUUCCCUGUGAACCCUGAUGAUCCUAAUAAAACAGCAAAUU